ACACACGUCUCCUAACCCCAAUUAUUAUAAACUCUCUUGGCCACUGCAUAGACAAGGCCAGGCACCUCUCUUUCUGACUCAACAGCAGAGGUUGCUUCAAGUCUGUCCCUGACACAGGCCAAGUGUCUUCCUGGGUUAAGACUGGAUUAGGGGCCCUGCUCCGUCAGUGGUCAUGGUGAUCGCCUAGGGAAAUAGAUCUAUUCCUCUGGGAUCUGAGAUUGAGUCCCAGGCAGGUUUUUGGGGAGUAGGAUGGUGAGAUGUGCUAGAAGGCACGGGCCACUUUCUAACCUUCCUCUCAACUCUGUGCUGCUGGGUGGCAGCUUUAAAGUCAGUGUCUUCUCCAUCUCUGGCCACCUUCCCAAGACUCCUGAUCAUUAGAGGGACUCUGUUGUCCCAAGUGGACAUAAUUAUAAAUAGCUCCCUUCUUUUACUGAAAGUGUCCUACCGUGGGCAAUAUAAAUAAUUUAGUCCCCUCCUCCAGUGAAAAUUACGCUACACCCUUGCAAAAGCUCAGAGGGCUCCAGGAGUAGCUCCAAGUCCCCUCUCUCAGUUCCUUGGCAUUUUUUUUUUUUUUUUUUUUCAAGUUUGUCCUCUACUAGAUUGCAUCUCGUUCACCGGGAUAUCUUAGAUCAUGGCUGGCGUUUGAAGCCUCUGAGUUCGACGCCCUUUCCUCCUGUGUUCCUGUCCAAGACAGCGGACUGCAAUCUCCCAAGGAAGUUAAGAAUAAUUCGGGGAGCGGGACGGGGUCGGGGGUGGGGCGCGGAAAACUGUAGCCUUCACCUGGUUAACAAAGAGGGCCCAGGAUGCCCAGCACCCUGGAUGGGAGCCAAGAGCACUCCCUGGAGGUGUGGGUGCAAGGUUUUGUCUAGCUUGGGCUCCAAGGCCCUCCGGGCAGUGCCCUGGGAAGGGAAGAAUUCGUGAUUAAAUUUGACCUGAGUCAAAACAUGCCUUCAGCUCCUCUUCUGCUGAAAAUAUUAGAAAUCCAAGCCCAGGUUGUGGGGGUCGGGGGCAGGCGGUGUCACCAACUAGAAGCAAGCAAUGGAUUUCCUUUUAAAUGGAGAGAAGGAUGUCGGAGAGAUAACUACGAAAAAAUUCUCGAAACUCCAGGCAGCAAUACCGAUGCAAGCACAUUCUUCCAAAACAGAGAGCAGCUCCUCGUUCUGGGCCACCUCUGAGCCUGGGGUCCGAAGCUCAGAGCCUGCCUGGCUUUCUGGGGAAAAGCACAAGGAGGAUGAACGAGCUACGAAGAGCUGGGGCCGGCGCCGCCGGAGUAGCUUUGCGGGAACGGCCCAGGAGUCGCCGCCGGUAACCCCGGCCCAGCCGCCGGCAGCGGGGCGCGCAGUCCGGACCUGGAGUGCAGCGCCCAGGGCCCCGGGCCGCGGAAGGAUAUUUCACUUUGUUUACCUCCCCGGCCGAGUCACGGAGCUGCGAGGCCGGUGCUGGCGCCCCCGGCCCGGAGCUGCAAUGGCAGCGGCGCGGGGAGCCGCCCGAGGACUGGCAGCGGCGGGGCUGAUUGAUGGGCGGCCGGCGCAAUGAGGGGGGCCCGGGCGGGGGCGGGGCGGGGCCGGCUCUGGGCCGAGCCAGUCGCGGGGGCGGCGGGGGGGCGGCGGGGGGGCGGAGGCUCCGUGGAAAUGUGUCGGUGACAUUGAAUGGGGAGACCAAGCGCGAGCGAGGCGCGCGCGCGCACACGCGCACACACGGCCCCGCUCGCUCCGAGAUCCCCGGCCACGUAAGUAACUAUUAAUACCGCCUCGCCGGGGGAUGCGGGCGUGCUGAGCGCGGGGAUUGGCCUCAGGCACCGUCGGCCGUCCCCUUUAAUUUUUAAAUACACGGUCCUCGCUUUUCUCUGGGGGGACAAGCAAGAAAUCAAAGAAGGAGGAGACGAGCCGUCAAUUUUCUCCAAAACAAACCCCGCCGGUCAAAUUUGGGCUCGGGGUAGAAAAAGACGGAGUGGUUGCGAAUUCUUCCAGACGAAAUCCAGUUCUCCAGCGGAGAGGAGCAGCGGAUUGCCGCGCGUUGGAAGCGUCGGGGACGCAGCCCCUCUUGCAGCUCCCGCAGGACCCCGCGAGCUCGUGCUGGCGACAGCGGAGACCGCCGAUCUGUCCUCGUUCUCGCCUGCACGUCUGGCUGCGCUUGGAGGAAGACCCCGGGCGCGAGCGAGCGGCCGCGGCAGGAGCCGGUGCUGACCUCCGCGCGGCGGGCCGAGCCCAGGGCUUUGUCGCGGUCGCUACCUGCGCGCAGCCCGCGCCGCAACUCUUCGCCCAGCAUUUGGCAUCUUUUGUUGGCAGCGCUGACCGCUCCAAGUUAAAUGCUCCCUCGCUAUUUUUCUUUUUUUUGUUUGUUUGUUUAAUUUUUGGAGAGCUUGGAAUCUUGGAAAAGCCUCAGACGCCAUCUACAGUUAAAACGUAGGUAACUGCCCUCUCCCGCACCCCCCCUUCCACGCCCCCCACCCUUUCCACCAAAAAAGGGGGUGCAGCGCGGAUUCUGGCUGCCGUGCGUCGCCAGCCGGCAGACCCGUGCUUGUUUCCUUUCUCUUUUUGUUUGGUUUCCAACGCGUUGGGACCGAGCCGCCGCCGUGCGCGCCCCGAAGACUGCACAAACUCCCGCGGGCUCCUCCGCCCCGUCUGCUAUUCGGAAGCCGGCCUGGGGGUAGCGUCAGGAGCCCGAGCGCUGCAGCUCCGCACCUUCGCAGCCCGGUUACUCAUCCAGACCCACGCUGGGGACACACACACAGAGAAACUAAAAGUGCGGCGAUUCUGCACCUCCCCGGCUGCUUUGGGGUAACAAAAGGACCCGAGUUGCCUGCCGACCCUGGACCCCCGGGAGCCAGGCUCGGAGCAGACGAGGUGUCCCGCGGCGGCGCCCAGUUGGGUGCUUUUAACUCUUCUCCGCGCAGCCCCUCUUCUACCCCCUCCCCUCUCGAUCCUUUUUAAAACCAGUGGCACCGAGGCGCCUGCAGCCGCACUCGCCGGGACUCAUCUCUCCAGCGGGUUUUUUUUGUUUGUUUGUCGUGUGCGGUCCUCACA